CAGAGGGGAUGUCCUACAGCCCCGCAGCAGAAACCUUCUGACCCAACCAGACAAACCACUGAGUGACACCAGUGCGCUUCACUUCACCUCCAACCAAACUACGACUUGGUUUUUUAACUUUUUCUAACUUACACCAGACGCGCCGCCUUCUCAUCCGUGCGAGGUUUUGAAUGAGCCGGGGAACGCGCGCGCCUCCUCUGUCCUCUGUCCUCUGACCUGUGACGCCGGGACAAAGUUCGUCUGUCCCGUUAGGACUCGUGAUGGCUGCGCUGUCACUCGCGAUGCUGCUGCUCGCGGGACUCUCGUGGACUUCAGCUGACAAGGCUGGUGAAGCUGACCGACAGGACCAGUUGAGGAGCCGCCUGAAGGAGUACGGCCUGGUCACUCCCUUCAGCACCGACUCCCACGGACACUUCCUGUCCCACCUGCUGUCCGCCUCUCACAAGCAGCGGGUCAAGAGGGACGCCGGGCCCCCCCCCCCCGCCGAGCCCGAGCAGAAACUCUUCUUCAACAUCACCGCCUUCGGGAAGGAGUUCCACCUGCGCCUGCGCCCCAACAGCCGGCUGGUGGCCCCCGGCGCCAUGGUGGAGUGGCACGACACCGCUCCGGCAGCCGGGAACAUCAGCGGCAACGGCAGCGAGCCCGGCGGCGCCACGGAGAGGAUUCUGAGACGAGAGCUGCUGAAGACGGACUGCACCUUCACCGGAGACAUCUCAGACGUCCCCGGAGCCUCGGUUGCCAUCAACAACUGCGACGGCCUGGCGGGGAUGAUCCGCACCGACUCUGAUGAGUACUUCAUCGAGCCUCUGGAGCGAGGAACCCAGGAGCAGGAGGACCGAGGCCGGGUCCACGUGGUGUACCGCAGGUCGGCCGUGAUGCAGGGGCCCUCGGACAUUUCUCUGGACGACCAGCUGCAAGAACCACAGCUGGAUGUCCCCGGGACUCUGGACUCCGUGGCCCAGCAGGUCAACGCCACCAUCAGCCGCCGCCGCCGCCGCCGGGACGCCGGAGAGGACGACUACAACAUCGAAAUCCUGCUGGGGGUGGACGACUCGGUGGUUCGAUUCCACGGCAAGGAGCAUGUGCAGAACUACCUGCUCACCCUCAUGAACAUAGUGAACGAGAUCUACCACGACGAGUCGCUGGGCGUCCACAUCAACGUGGUCCUGGUGAGGAUGAUCAUGCUGGGCUACGCCAAGUCCAUCAGCCUCAUUGAACGAGGCAACCCGUCCCGGAGCCUGGAGAACGUGUGCCGCUGGGCGUUCGUGCAGCAGAAGGGCGACGCCGAUCACGCCGAGCACCACGACCACGCCAUCUUCCUCACGCGCCAGGGCUUCGGCCCCACAGGGAUGCAGGGUUACGCUCCGGUCACUGGGAUGUGUCACCCCGUCCGGAGUUGCACCCUCAACCAUGAAGACGGCUUCUCCUCCGCCUUCGUCGUGGCCCAUGAGACAGGACAUGUGCUGGGCAUGGAGCACGACGGCCAGGGAAACCGCUGCGGGGACGAAACCACCAUGGGAAGCGUGAUGGCUCCACUGGUGCAGGCGGCCUUCCAUCGAUACCACUGGUCCAUGUGCAGCGGGCAGGAGCUGAAGCGCUACAUCCACACAUACGACUGCCUCCUGGACGACCCCUUCAAACACGACUGGCCUCAGCUGCCUGAGCUCCCCGGCAUCAACUACUCCAUGGACGAGCAGUGUCGCUUUGACUUCGGAGUGGGCUACAAGAUCUGCACCUCGUUCCGCACGUUCGACCCGUGCAAGCAGCUGUGGUGCAGCCACCCAGACAACCCGUACUUCUGCAAAACCAAGAAGGGCCCGCCGCUCGACGGGACGGAGUGCAACCCCGGAAAAUGGUGCUACAAAGGUCACUGCAUGUGGAAAAACCCAAAUCAGGUCAAGCAAGACGGGGCCUGGGGCUCCUGGAGCAAGCACGGCUCCUGCUCGCGCUCCUGCGGCACCGGCGUUCGAUUCCGGACCCGUCUCUGCACCAACCCAGCGCCGUCCAACGGGGGCCAGGACUGUCCCGGAGUGAACUACGAGUAUCAGCUGUGUAACACCGACGACUGCCCCAAGCACUUCGAGGACUUCCGGGCUCAGCAGUGUCAGCUCCGCAACUCCCACUUCGAGUUCCAGAACGCCAAGCACCACUGGCUGCCCUACGAGCACCCGGACACCAACAAGCGGUGCCACUUGUACUGUCAGUCCAAGGAGAGCGCGGACGUGGCGUACAUGAAGCAGCUGGUGCAUGAUGGGACACGCUGCUCCUAUAAGGACGCCUACAGUAUCUGUGUGCGUGGAGAAUGUGUGAAAGUCGGCUGCGACAGAGAAAUUGGCUCAAUCAAGGUGGAGGACAGAUGUGGUGUUUGUGGUGGAGACAACUCCCACUGCCGCACGGUCAAAGGAUCCUUCACCAGGACGCCGAAGAAAGCCGGCUACCUUAAGAUGUUUCUCAUUCCUCCUGGAGCUAGACAUGUGAUCAUCCAAGAAAGUGAGGCCUCCCCUCAGCUUCUUGCCGUCAAGAACCAGGCGACGGGUCAUUACAUCCUCAACGGGAAGGGAGAGGACGUGAAGUCCAGGAGCUUCAUCGACCUGGGGGUGGAGUGGCACUACAUCAUCGAGGAGGACGUGGAGACCCUGCACACCGACGGACCUCUGCACGACCCUGUGGUGGUUCUGAUAAUACCGAGGGACAAUGAGACGCGCUCCACUCUCAUGUACAAGUACAUCAUCCACGAGGACUCGGUGCCGGUUAACACCAACAACGUGAUCCAGGAGGAGACGUACGAGUGGGCCCUGAAGAGCUGGUCUCCGUGCUCCAAGCCCUGUGCCGGAGGAUUUCAGUACACCAAGUACGGCUGUCGAAAGAAAGGCGACACCAAGAUGGUCCAUCGAGGAUACUGCGACGCCAACAAGAAGCCCAAGCCCAUCCGCCGGAUGUGCAACCUGCAGGACUGCACGCAGCCGCAGUGGAUCUCAGACGAUUGGGAGUAUUGCACCAAGACCUGCAGCAGCCUGGGUUUCCAGAUCCGGACGGUCCGCUGUGUGCAGCUGCUCCACGACAGCACCAACCGCUCGGUGCACAGCAAGUACUGCAGCGGAGAGAAGCCCGAGAGCCGGAGGCCGUGUAACCGAGUCCCGUGUCCGGCGCAGUGGAGGAGCGGCGCCUGGUCUGAGUGCUCCGUGACCUGUGGCGAGGGGAUGGAGAGGCGUCUGGUCACCUGCCGGAUCGGAGACCAGUGUAACGGAGAGAAGCCUGAGAACGUGAGAUCCUGCAGACCUGGAGCCUGUCACGAUGAGCCGUGUAACGGGGACAAGUCCAUCUUCUGCCAGAUGGAGGUCCUGGCGCGGUACUGCUCGAUCCCGGGCUACAACAAGCUGUGCUGCGACUCCUGCAGCAGGCGCACCGGAUCCCUGACCAUGUUCUCCGAGGCGGCCGAGACGGAGGAGCGCGUCCGCUUCGGGUCGGCCUCCCAGCUGCUGGAGACGCUGACAGCCUCGGUGGCAGCCAACGCCACCCGCGGCGGGAAACAAGGAUCCGCCACGUCGGCUGUGAAACACACCAGCACCCCUGCUCCGCUCAAGAACGCCCUGUCAAAGAUCCCCGCGGCGCUCAGACGGGCCCCGAGACACAUGGCCCUCACCGGCAGGAAGCUGCCCGCCAUGGCGCCGUCUCCCCUGGCAGAUCCCGCCGAGGGUCAAAGGUCGAGCAGCUCCACAGAUCGCCGGUGGCCAACAGCGUAUUCCGAGGUGGAGAGAUGAAAGUGAAAGCUUCCCCUCAGGACUCCUUAUGCACAGAAGCUCAUCCGGCUCCAUCCUGAGUCUUCUCACGCCAAAAAACACCACCGAGAAAAGUGCUGGUUCACUUUGUUAACGUUUUUCCAUUUCUGCCCCCGACCCCCUGAGCUCCCACAGGGCUCCACCCAAACCACAGCGUGUCCCUUCGCCUCCACGCUACACGUUUAGAUCGAUUCAGGUGAAGGGGCACGAGGACUGAAGGGAAUUUUUCGCUGUGUCAAAUGAAAACCUGAGGGAAACAGAAGGGAAACAAAAGAACCAAAGGACAGUUUAAUAUUCAUCAAGACGCCUGAAUCUGCUUCAAACUCCCUCACACGUUUAUAUCAUAAUGAAAAUCUUAAUUCCAGUCAGACCUUUGAUGUCACACCAUCUCCUCUCUGAUUGGCUUCUUCUCUGGUCUUGUCCUUUAAUAAAUUGAAGCCCCCUGAUGGCAGAGCGGCGCGUGGUGCGGGGGGGAAAUGUCAACAGGUGCAAAUUCACUUUGUGGAAUCGAACACAAAAAAGAAAAUCCAGGACAGAAAUAGACUCGGGAACCAGAGCGUGAAGUGUUGUCUUUUUGUCUUCUUGUAAAAACAAAUCCCAACACAACAUGAAUUCUCACAUUGGCCAGGUUCUUGAUCUAAAUCCCACAUUUAGAUGUUUUUAAUAACCCUGCACACUUUGUCUAAACGAAUUAUUCCCUCUGCGUCGUGUCUCUGGAUCUCAACCGGGAGACGAAGACAGGAUUCGCUCCCUCGUGAUUUCUCUUUUCAAAGAUCCAGAACAAAAUCAUCUGAUACAGCUGAAAAUCCCCUUUCACUUUAAUGCAACAGCCAUUUUCUUGCCAAAAUAUACGAAUGAGGUUGUGGGGUCGCGGCCCAUCCAGAGUCAGACGUCACAAAGCACCAGUGAAGACCAUUAGGACAGUGGCUUUAGUUGUAUAGUUGGUUUUAUAUCCAGCGAUGUCUUUUUGUUCUAUGGAAAUGGGUAUUUAUAAAGGUUCCUGUAAAUACUGUACAUGAAAAUAUCAGUAUUAUUAUAUUAAAAAAAGCUAAGGAUACUUUCAAAAACACGUUUAUAAAAAAAUCUAGAAUAACAGAAAUUCUUCUGAAUGUUUCAGCAGCAAAACGAUGAAUGAAUCAAAUCUGCCGUUUGACUAAAUAUAUAAAACAUUUUGGGAAAUGUUCUCCCAAACUAACGAUGAGUCAAAGCAGAAGAUUGAAUCCACUCGUGUCUGCAAACUAAAUAUGAAGCUAAAGAUGAAAUCAGCAUAAAGAAACUGAAGUUUUUACUAAUGAGUAAAAACACCAAAGAUUGCAGCUUCACAUUCAGAAUAUUAACGUGAGGGGGAACUUUUCCUUUUAGAAGCGUCGAUCUUCCAACGAGCCUCCACCGCGUUCUGACCUGAGAAGUUCUUCCAUCUUCAACCUGCUUCUCGCUCAGAGGACCGGAAGCUGUCGAGUUAAAGAAGGGAACCACGUAGGGAACUGUUCUCAAUGCUAUAUGUUUCUUACAGUAGACUCUUGUUCAGCUGAGGAAUGACCAUUCAUCCAACGUGUGCUUCUCUUUCACGUGAUGUGGAAACACACAAACAUCCCUGAAACACACUCACAUGAUGGAUCUUCUACAGCGACACAUUCAAACACACAAUAAAGCUGCAUUAAGCCAUUUUUGACCACUAAGGAAACAGACCUGAAAGCAUCUGCUUGUUUCCUGCUCAGAGGAAACAGCACUUCCCACUAUCUCUCAUCUCUUGUCAGAUACUUGUUUCACUUUUAGCUCCGGGGUUGGUCUCCACCAGCUGCUCGGGAGAAAUCGGUGGCUUCCCAGCCGCUCGAUUUUUCCACCAUCUUCCCCAGUCGCCUGUUUCUAUGUUCUAAUGUUAGAGGCCGUGUGGAUCUGCAGAGGCGGACGUUUCACUCCCGGGUUCAGACAUCUUCACAUCACACACCUAUUUAAAUAAUUUAUACAUCAAAAAUCUGCUUAAUGGAGCUUUGGGCCCGUUCCAGUCUGGCUCUGUUGUACGUUUUGUGUUUUCCGGGACAAGAAGCUGGACUUUCAGGACUUUGUACUUUGUGUGGAAAUUUGUUUUUCUUCAAGGUGUUCACCGAAUGGCUUUUAAAUGGUGAAAGGUCCCGAAGAGAAAAGCUAUUUAUUGAAAGGAUUUCCUCACAACCACCAUGCAUCUGACUGCAAUAGAAAAAAAAAACACAGAUUGGUGUUUUCAGAAAUAGUUUCGCAACUACUCACACUCACUCCUGUGUGCCGGUGUAUAGUACAUGUAUAUAGCAUUGAGUACAUGAAUAUUUAUUGAAAGUGAAAAGGUCCUGCCUUGUUUCUCCAGCACGCGAGGACCUGAUCAAUAAGCUGCAGCCGAUAAACCAUUGAAACCUGAUCGACUUGUUUUUCAUCCACAUUUUUCUCAUUUUAACUGGAUUUCUGUUUUUAAAUAAAAACAGGCGAUAGACUAGAUGACAUUGUUUUCUUCUGCAAAGAAUUAGAUGUAAAUUUACAAGCUCCACGUUGAGAUGUUUUUGUCAGAAAGCUGUUUUUUCUCACAGCUGUUUCGUAGGAAGAGGAGAACGUACUGAGACCAGUGCUUUAUUAUAACCAGUAAAACAUAACUAGUGUAGAAGCAGUAAAGUUGUUUUUGAUGCUGUGUGUAGUUUUCCUAACCAUUGGACCCCCCCACCCCCCCACCCCGUUUCACGUCCUUCACUCGCUGCCUGAGCAGAGACGUAGGAUCGUUGUAGUCGUUGACAAUCCCUGAGCCUCAGACAGAUAUUACUGCAUAGGAUCCUCCAGGUACUGUACCGAUACCCCCCCCCCCCCCCCCCCGGUACUACCCAUGUAACCUGACCCUCACACACUCUCUGCUCUAUCUGCUUUUCCAUGUAUUUGUGUAGAUCGAAGUGUACACUACUGAUACUGUUUGUUGUAAUGGGGAGCACAUAGCAAUAAAAGAUAUGAUCAACUA